AUGUCUACAACAUAUGCUUGUGAUCAUACAGGAUGCGGAAUGGGACCAUUUUUGACCUGCGACGCUGCGCGAAAGCACCGAUACCGGUACCACUCCGUCCCCAUACCCUUCAUGAUUAAUGAUCACGAGUAUAUUGUGAGGCAGUGCGAUGGGGGUUAUGCCUGCCCGUUCUCGGGGUGUAAUAUGAUUUUCAAAAAGCGUGAAAAUAUGCAGACACACGUCACCGAAGACCACAAUAGUUCAGCGAAAAUCAAGGUCUUUGAUACUCCUGAUUUCGUCAUGGCGUCCAAACAGGUUCUUGACCAGCACGGAGUUGUUUAUGAGGGGAUUGUUGUAGAAGGAGCCACAAAUAUUUCGUCCGACAUUUUAGUUCCGGAACUCUCGUCCUGUCAGGACGUUGCAAACAGAGAUGAUCCUCCUGAUGCGGACUGCAGGACCGUAUCUUUGUUGUCUUCAGUAGACUACUUGAGGUCCAAUGAAGUUCUAGAUGCGCUGGGCGUUUGCCUCCAUAGCCGUUUGAAAAUUCUCAUCUGCUACUCGUGCCGGGUCGCAUUGACCUCUGGGAUGAUAUCCGGACACAGGAAAAAUCGCCACAAGUCGUAUCGGGUACCUCCAGACGCUCUGCAGUCAUUCCUGGACUAUUGUUUAGAGGCCAAUGUUUAUGAGAAGCCAGAGCAUGUCAAACUACCAACUGCAGGAGGACCUCCUGUCCAGCAGAUUGCGGAUCCGAUCGAUGGUUUUGCAUGCACUGCAUCCUCCGACUGCGCAUAUGCCGUCAAGGAUUUAUUCACCAUGCAGCGCCAUGGACGAGAGACGCACGGAGCCACUGGCUUGAUGGAGAUCCAUCAUCGAUCUUGUCAGGUCCAACGUAUAUUUUCAAGUGUGGGCAACUCAUAUUUUGAGAUCGGGAAUAAUUUUGUUCCAUCUGCCAGACCAGAUGUCAGAUCCGCCCUGCAGGCCACUUUCAUACCUGCUGUUGAGCAUUCAUUGGUCGUUCCAGCCAAUACAGAACGAGAGAGGACUCCACUGAUGCGCUUCAUGGGUUGGGACAAGUUUCAGGUAGACCUCCGGAUGAAUCCAACCCAGAGACGGGCGGCGGAACAGAUUAAGAAAAAGCAUACCGACGAUGAAUUCGGUGGUAUUAUCACCUGUCUCUCCAAUGCUGUGCGAGACCACAUGGCGAGGGCAUCCAGCAUCUUGGAUGGUCAUCCUCACAGGUUGAGCCUGUCCAAACUCCUGGUGUAUGGUGAUUCCAUUCCGCGAGAAACGGACAGUCAUUGGAGGCCAGUGUCGGAUGAGAACAUAGAGUAUCCAAACUUUAUGAUUCAAUUCAUGAGGGCGAUCAUGCGCAUUCACCUCGGAUUCCCAUUCGAUUUUUCGUUCGAGCUGUCCGCCGUGCAGACCCUGUGUCUCGAGGAACUUGUGCUUGUCCUUCGCGACAAAAAUGCUACCCCACGAAAGAGGAUGAUCUUUUACCAUAAUUUUUCAUGGUCCCUAGUUGAUACGGAUCCGAGUCUUUGCUUGGGAGAGCGAUGGGCAAACCCAAUCAAACGAGCCAUCUGGCUCAGGGCGUUGCGCGCGGAUGGAAACUUCUGUGAAGCAUCCGUCCUUACACCAGAUCUCGCAAAGUUCAAAUAUCUUUGCAACAUUACCUCCCUCCUCGAGGCGCUGAUGGACAAGGACCAGGAUACCGAUUCUGUCCAUUCAGAUGACCACGACCGUGUCGCUCGUGUUCAUGAACGGGUGCUACGACUCGGUCGUACCACAACGUUUAACAUAGUGUAUGAGAUGCAGCAGUACGCUUCGUCUUUGGUAUUUAAUCAAACGAGAGAACCCAAUGUCUACGUCGAUCCUGAUGUUCAAUCCAUCACUAUAGGCAUCCACACCAUGCAGAUGGACAAGCUGAGAAGCGGAAUACAAAGGCUCCUCCAGGAGUCAAAGUCGCGCUAUUCUGCCCUCACUAAUGAUACUGUCGUAUUGAAAAUUGUCGAGCAGGUCAAGGACGAUCUCACCAACUCGACGCGCGGUUAUUCACUUGCAUCAGAAGCGCCUUUUUUCAAAAAUCGACACGCAUUGUUUUUCUACUUGGUAGAUCACUAUAACCUGGCAAUUAUCGACAAUGCAGGACGACUCGCAUGGAACAUUCCCGAAAUAAAGGAUCUUCUCAGACGCUCGUCGCGUGUCUGGGAACCUAUCUACCAUUUGCUCUAUAUAACAACUCACAUCUCAUGUCGCGGAACUCAGUUCAUCGACCACAAAAUCACAAAAAAAACCGGCAUCACCGAUCGAGACUCGUGUACCCCAGGUUUCGUUCCCAAGGACAUCGCAUUACUAGUCCUCAACAUGAUUGCAGGUGGUUUUCGCACAGCUGAAGCAAUUUUGGCUGGUGUUGCAUACGGUGCUGAUGCGGAACAUUUGUACAGAACGUACCUCUGUGUCGGUGAGGGCGAGAGGAUCAGUCCUAUACAGUUUUCCGCCAACAUUCAGCAGUGGAACCAUAAUUACUUCGACUGUAGAUGGGGAGUGAGAGAUUUUCGGCAAGGCGCCAUAACCAUUGGUCGCGAAUUCAUAGCUCCAGACGACUCUUAUGAUCAAGCAGACAAUAUCCUCGCUGAAUCUGCCGAUCACUCCACUGGUAUGGACCAUAGUCAUUACGCCGUCAUCCAAGGAGUCGUCCCUCGGUUGUCCAACAAUAGCAUGUGCAAGCAUAGAUGGCUUGGAGAUCAGUGGCAUAGCGUUCUUGGUCUAGGUCCCUUCCCGCCUCCAGAGGCAAUAAGGAUCAGCCGCAAGAAUAAGUCCGAUGGGACAACGCUCAGGUCCAUAGCGGACAUCGUCAGGAAGACCACGCAAGACACAAUCAAAGAAUUUUUGGAUGCGCACCACGCUAAAAUAUUGAAGGAUGCAGUUACUCUACCGCAGUACUCCAACACAGAAAGGAGGCUAUAG